AUGGGCCGAAAUCGAGUUAUGUCGUUCAUGUCCCAGUUUCGGGAUCGAGACUCCAGCAGUCCUGCUCGAACCCCUCCAUCCUCAGGUAGAGCACGAAGUCGGACGGAAUCUUACACUAAACAAGAGUCACAAGAGUCAGGAAUAUCGUCCCAAGCUUUCGGAAAGGAGCCCUUUCCGACUUCGAAUUUCCAAAUGCCCUCCCAUCAGGUUUCUCCUUCUAGUGAGGUCCGCGAUUCUUCUCAACCUCCUCGAUCAAGGGAUCGAGCUUUGUCCAGACCUAUGUCUAUUGUACAAACCUUUCAGCCUCCAUUGAUGGAUGUCAACCAAGAAACGCUGCCAGAACUACAACCUAUCUUCACAUUUUUGAACAGUCAUAGCAACAAGUUAUACCAGGAAGGUUAUUUCUUGAAAUUGGAUGAUCAAAACAUACAUGGCAAAGCCAAUGUCGACCGGACCUGGACGGAAUGUUUUGCACAGCUUGUGGGGACCAUCCUCUCAUUAUGGGAUGCAGCAGAAUUAGAUGCUGCUGGGCAAGAUGGAGAAGUUCUUCCAAAAUUCAUCAAUCUUACAGAUGCCUCGAUCAAAAUGAUUGAAUCUCUUCCUACUCGAUCUCCUGCCGAAGCGCCUUUGCAAAACGUCCUCAGCAUAUCGACGGCUGGUAAGAAUAGAUACCUCUUACACUUCAAUUCACAUCAUUCGUUAGUUCAAUGGACCGCCGGUAUCCGUCUUUGUAUGUAUGAGCAUGCUACAUUGCAAGAGGCAUAUACAGGCGCGCUUAUUGCUGGGAAGGGUAAGUUAUUGAACAACAUCAAACCCAUCAUGGAGCGCGCAAGAAUCCAGAGCGCAGAUUGGGCUCGAGUGAGAUUUGGCGCUGGAACACCUUGGAGACGAUGUUGGUGCGUGAUCACUCCACCCGAUGAAAAAGAGGUCCAAAGAGUGCAAAAGCAAUCACAAAAGAAGAGAUCGGCCUAUGAUCGCUCCCGACCACCUAUAUUGAAAGGAAACAUCAAAUUUUUUGAUUCAAAGAAAACGAAAAAGGCUCGACCAAUCGCUACGAUUAAUGAUGCCUAUUCUGCGUUUGCUAUCUAUCCUCAAUCUAAACCACUCAUAGAUGCUUCCACUUUAGUCAAAGUGGAGGGCUCCAUCACAAUUCAUUCAAAUCCCCCUCUGACCUCCGAAGGGUUUGUUUUCGUCAUGCCCGAGGUACAUCCUGCCGUAAGUGGGUUUGAGAUGAUGCUCCGGUGGCUUUUCCCAGUCUACGAUACAUUUGGACUUUAUGGGCGUCCUGGUCGUUUGAUCGCGGAAACAAGUGACACCAGGAGUUUGAUGUUUGCAAUGCCAGAACACCGAAGAUAUGACUAUUUGGAAACUCUCGAUGUUGCGGGUCUCAUAUCGGAGCAAGGUAGCGCUAAUUGGCUGGAAUCUGAAUGGAGAAAAAGAAUGAAAGAUUUGACAGCCAAGCGAAUGGUAACCCUCAAGAACAAUAGCCGAACCAAUAGCCAAUACGGCAGUAGAAGGAGUCGCAACAGUGCGGGAAAUCCUCGAACCCGCCUUCAGUUUGACGAUACAGUGUCGGUUAGAUCUUCACCAUCGAUCCAAUUUGGGCCUCGCGCGUCGGGAGAUGUUAGCAAUGGAGGUCUUCCUAGGAUUGAUUCGGCACCUGCUGGUACUAUAGCAUUUCAACGAUCGAAUACUUCAGCAUCUCACCAAAGGUCAACAUCCGAAUCUCAACCACCAAGUCGUCAAGAGAACCAAACUCCUCCCGUCUUUGACGGGGCUUAUGAACGUGCUCCUAUUCCAACUCUCCUAUAUGCACGAGAUGCUGCACCUUCGCCCGAGCGCCUCAGUUCAGAGGAUGAGCAAGCGGCUAAUGUAACCCCGGUUCGUGAAUUACAAGAAUUGCAAACAGUUACACUGCCAGAGCCUGUAGCUGCACCGCCAGCUUUCAGGCACGCGCCCGGAGCAUUGCCGCCCAGUAAAACUUUGCAAUCACCAGAUCUUCGAAAAGCGAACAAUCGCAUGUCUACCGCAACACUAUCUCAAUUAGCCGGCGCUGCGGCUACUUACCAACAAGGUCAAGAAAGGCGAGGAACGAAUGUUCAAAUGCAUGAUAGAAUAGAGGAGGAUGAAGAUCAAGGUAGAGGGGUACUGUCAGACGUCACCAGAAAUCACCAUAUGCCUGCUAACCAUAACAUCAUUAAUGAAGGCAUGGUAGCAUCCUACAAACGUCGUAACGAAGAAGACUCAAUUCUUCUUUCGAAUCGCGAUCAAACGCCUUAUCAAAGCCAAGAGCAUCGAUCUAGCAACAACCAUUUUAAUUCAAACUCACAAUUGGAUUUUUCAAACGAUAUGCCCCCGCCAGAAAGUCCAUCGAACCAGCCACCUCGUCUGCAGACGAGCCAGAGCAUUUCAAGAAAACCCGUUCCUACACAACAAGAGAACCAACAAAGUCCUACUUCAUCGCAACCCGCUUCUAGCAGUGGGAGCUUAACCCAACAUAUUCUUGAACUAGGCGCUUAUGAUUUGAUACUCCCUAAAGAAGACGACUUCAAGCUUCCACAGAUGAAUAGACGCAAUAGUGAUUUAAGCAGUACAUAUGACGACGCUGCAUCGACGGGUACCCCAGAUUAUGCCAGUACCAGCCAUUCUGUACGAUCUGUACGCACGCAAAACUCUGUCGAAAAGCCGCGAGCAGGUAGGAAGAAGAUCAUUGGUAAUGUCGAAGUUGGUCAACCACUUUAUGGUGACGACAAUACAUUGUCAAAGGGGGUCGAUAUUGAUUUCGGUCCUACCUUUGAUCUCAAUCGAGCACCAGGCCAGAAUUCUCCAAGUCCUAGUCCCAAACAGGAUAGAUUCAGUAAUCCCAGUCCUGAAAAACGUCCAAGUCAUGACAGAACUCCGAGUGGCAAUGUACUUGUUUGGCAACCAGGAAUGAGUGCAGCUGCAGCUAACAAUACCUUUGGUCACAAACAAGGAUUGACCGCGGAGGAGUUUGUUCAACAGCGUUCUAUGGUUGCUGCAGCGACGCCACACUCAGCAGAUUUGUUGAACUCUACUGAAAGUCACGGUCAUAAUCGUCAUUCUCGCCGCGGCUCGGCAGAUUUGUUGAAUUCUGGUGAGGUAUAUGGUCAACAGCAGCAUGCACGCCAUAGUUCAGCAGAUCUCCUGCGUCCAAAUUCCAGAGGUGCGGCCAGAGCAUUGGGUACUUCUGGGAAUGGCACCAUUACAACAAAUCUCUCUGCUCGAGAACAAGUAUUUGUUGCGAAAAUGACUGGUGGACCCCUGAUCGCCAUGGCUAAAGACAACAAUAAAAAUAACAUUGUCUCUGCAGGUCUCGUCGGGGCUAUUGAUUCGCGUGAGAAGGAGAAGCAGUAUGUCAAGCAAGGAGUCAACUCUCAAUCCGUACAACAUGCAAUUGCGCUUCGUCAGCAACAGUUAGCUCAACAGCAACUAGAGCAGCAACAACAAGCUGAACAACAUCGACUUGAGCAACAACAAGCUGAAAAUAUUCGUCUCCAGCAACAACAAGCUGAAAACAUUCGUCUCCAACAACAGCAAGCUGAAAAUAUUCGUCUGCAGCAACAGCAAGCCGAGCAAAGUCGUCGCCAGCAACAACAGACUGAACACAUUCGUCGCCAGUCGCAAUAUGCCAAUACCAAUUUCUCACCUUCACAGUUUGCAGUACCUAGUAAAAGAGGGUCAUGGAUGGGAUCCAAUGCAAACCUCUUUCCUCAAGCUGGGAGUUGGUCAAUGCCAGGACAAUCACCUGGUCAAUAUCAACCAACUUUGGCGCAUUCACCUGGACAGUAUCAACCAACAUUAGCACACUCACCUGGACAAUACCAACCAACUUUAGCUCACUCACCUGGGUAUCAAGGGACUCCUCAGCAAUACUUGCAGCAACAGCAAUAUUUUCCCCAAUAUCCACCUACGCAAGGAGGACAGAGAAACUCUGGAUACUAUGGAUAG